AUUUUGACUAGUAUCAAGUCUCCAGCACCAAUGCCAAGACCAUGAUCUGGUUGCUCCAGUUCCUCGAACUUCUCUCCAGCCUUGGCUCAGGAAUCACAGUUUCACAGACCAAAGCACCCCCAUUGCUGGUGAAUGGGGUGCUGGGGGAGUCGGUCACUCUCCCCCUGAAGUUUCCUGCAAAAGAAGAGAUCCAGUUCAUCACCUGGCUUCAUAAUGAAGCAGCUAUCAUCUUCAUACAGAUAAAGCCACCACAGACCCAGAAUACUGAUCCACAGAUCCAGAAUACUGACCCACAGCGGAAAAAUCGACUGAAAGUCAUCCAGUACUAUUCCUUGCAGAUCAAUAACCUGACAAUGGAGGACAGUGGAGUUUACCGUGCCCAAAUAACCACAGCAAACUCAGAGAUUUAUGUUUACAAUCUGUCGAUCUUUGAACGACUGAGGAACUUACAAGUUGCUAAUGACACUCAACUCUUUGGGAAUGGGACCUGUGAGAUCCAGCUGACCUGCUUUGUAGAGAAUCCAGAUGAUCAUGUCUCAUUCAGGUGGCAGGCCGCAGGAAACACAAUUCUGGAGGAAGCAAACCUCACUAUCUCUUGGGACCCCAAGAAUUCCAGUGAAGAGACAUACACUUGCAUAGCUAAGAAUCCUGUCAGCAAUUUAUCCUUCUCGCUCUCUGUCCAAAGUCUCUGCAAAGGUGUUUUUAACGAAAAAAAUCAACACUGGAUUAUCAUAUGGAGUGUACUAGUGCCUUGUUUGAUCUGUAUCUUUGUGUCCUUAUUUGUUUGGAAGAAAAAAGUAUCAGGUUCCUUAUGCUCUUCUACUCAGCAAACCCAGAGUCCUGCAGAGACCCCGAGGGACUCAGGGAACGAUCCGACCUGCCCAGAGAACACUGUGUACGCUCGGGUCACUCAUCCAAACACGAAAACGGGAAUCCCAAUACCUAUGAAAAAUAAUGAUUCCUCUACAAUUUACUCCGUAAUUUGUCAACCCAAACAGCCCAUUUCUUCCAGGGUAACAGUUCUUGACAACAUCGUCUAAGUUGCUGAAAUGUCUCAAAGGAAUUCAGGAAUGACACAUCUUCUCCUGAACACAAGGGAGAGCACAGAGCGGGAUUUCUGCCUGAAAACAGAAGUUGAAUAUCUAGGAUUAUCACUUCCAGUCCUUCAGACUUGAACCUGCUUACCUAGGUCAAACACCGGUUAACUGCCACAUGUCCAUAUUUGCAAUGGAGCCCUGACUGGUUUGGCUCAGCAGAUAGAGCAUCCGCCUGCGGACUCAAGGGUUGCGGGUUCAAUUCUGGUCAAGGGCAUGUAC